AGUUUUGUAUAGAAGCACAGUGUGAAGACAACGUCGGGAAGGAAUACAAGUUUUUAGUUUUACUUCCCCCCCCUUCUGUUUGCUUUGCCUGUAUGACUAUUGUAUACUCUUGACAGAAGGAGCUUGAAUAUAUUCAGAUAAACUGCUGAUGAUUCAGAUAUGGCAUUAGUCUGAAGAAUACAUUAGCCAGGUUGCUGCUUCCAGGGAAGAGUUGAACGUGUGCUGUACCUGAGAAGGAUAUGCCUACUGAACUAAGCCGUACACUCAGAAUGCAAGCUGUUUCUGAACUAAGUGCCUCCUUACCACGUCUAUUGAACAAGGGUCCAGGUUAUCUCCGCAAGCAGAUAGAAGGAGAAAAUAAGGGCAGAAUAAGUGCAGUGGAAAGGCUGGCAGCUGACAAAGCCAAAUAUGUGAAAAGUGAGCAAGUCAUCCGGACAAAACAGGAGGUGGUAACACAGUGUUCAGCUUCAGAAAGCAGCAGUGAAAACUGUUCUGUAAAUAGCAGGAAAAGUUACAAUGAGUCCCAAGGAAAAAAGGAUGCAGAAAACAUAGACCUGAAUAAUUUAAAAAAUGAUGUCUGUACACCAUCACGGAAAGGUUCCCCUAUAGUAAAGCGCAAUAGUUCCAAAAAGCAGACAAGACCAGAUUCUCUGGUAAUGUAUCGUCAAAAGUGUGAGCUGGUAAAAGGGCAGAAUAAUGAGCCUACAAGAGUGGGUCUGGUGAAACGGCUGUUCCAAGGCACACAUAAGGAGAAAACAUCACCUUCUCUGGAAGUGUCUAAACUUGCAAUAAAGGAACAGUCUGAACAUGCUAACAACAGAGUAGAAACACAGGCAAUUGCUGCUGAUUUGCAGAAAACACCAGUCAUCCACCAUCAUACUGAAAAUACAAAUAUAACAAAGCAACAUGUACAGGAUUCUGUCUUGCCUCGGCAAGGACAUGAAGGACCUGAAGCGACAGCAGGUGAUAAGCGACGACCAGGGUUGCAACGGUCACUUUCGGACAUUAGUUCCAGGUAUUCUAAAUCUUUCUCUGAGUUUGAUAGUUUCUUUAAAUACUGUGGUCUUGAGCCAGAGGUUAUUGAAGAUCUUGGGAAGGAUAAUUUUUCUGCCGUUACUGACAAUGUUUCCUUUAGGAUUCGUAGCAUAAGCACUGCAACUUCAGACAGUGGGUUUUCAAGGCACAGCAGUGACAAUGGGCUGCUAGAAGAAGAACUUCAUGAGCAGGGCCCAUCCACUACUUCUGUGAUUGAACGUAAUGCACGGAUAAUUAAGUGGUUAUACAGCUGUAAAAAAGCCAAAGAAGCAGUGAAGGUAUUUCAGGAGCUUACAUAACUGUUCUGAACUGGUUUGUUUUCACAGCAUACUUCCCAUAUGUCAAAACACAUGUAACAGAAAAGGAUGGAACAUAUAAAAGGAAGUUUAAAUAUACAUAUAUAUAUAUAUAUAUAUAUAUAUAUAUAUAUAUAUAUAUAUAUAUAUACACACACAUAUUAUCUACAAUACGAGAACUCGAGAAAUGUUUCACUGACAUUGACUGUAUUGCCUAUGAACAUGCCUUUAGCUGGCAGAGUAAAACAAUAUGGAUUUUUAACUUGCUUGUAGAGCAGGCAAGAAAUCAGUACUCUGAGCUUAAGGAAAUUAAAGUCUGAUGUGUCAGAAACUGUUUGAUAUCAUACUUUCAUAAGGUAAUUAUAAACAGAUGAUAUUUUUAACAUAAAAAAUGUAUAAAACAGAAGGUUAUAUAAUUUUCAUAUUGUGCUAUAUACAGUUUUAUACUCUAAAGUUAUUUAUUGCACUAGAAAAUUAGUUUAUUCAUGAUGUCCUGCAAAAAAAUAAGUGUUCAAAUGAUACCAAAGGGAAAAAAACAUAGUGCUGCCUUACAGGGCUAUUCUAUCACAUAUUUUGCUACUUUGCUAGCCUGUUUUAGUAGGAGUCAUGGAUCUUUAAUAUAAAAUAAAUGUUUCAGUAUCUGA